ACGCGGACCCGAAGCCGGCAAAACUGCUCAGCCAUGGGCGCUCCGGGGGGAAAGAUCAACCGGCCCCGAACGGAGCUGAAGAAGAAACUGUUCAAGCGACGGCGGUUGUUGAACCGGGAGCGGCGACUGAAGCACCGGGUGGUCGGGGCCGUGAUAGACGAAGGGCUGAUCACACGGCACCACCUCAAGAAGCGGGCGUCCAGUGCACGUGCCAACAUCACUCUGUCUGGGAAGAAGCGCAGAAAACUUCUCCAGCAGAUCCGGCUUGCCCAGAAAGAAAAAGCAGCCAUGGAAGUGGAAGCCCCUUCAAAGCCAGUGAGGACUAGUGAACCUAAAUCAAAAAAGAAGACAAAAGCCCCCCAGGAUGUAGAUAUGGAAGACCUUGAAGAUGGGAACUAAAUCUUACCCCUUUCACCAGAAGAUUCUCACCUGGAGCUAGGUGGACUCAGUGGUUGUUUUAGAAGACUUUGGAGAAAACAUUGCACCUUUUAGUCUCCCCAGACUCUUCUGUGAUGGCCUAGUGACCUGCUGUGGAGGGAUGUGUUGAGAGGAAAAGAAAGAUUGGAAAGGUGGCUCCUUAGCAGUCAACUCCAUUUGUAAUAAAGCCCUAGGGUUCUCACUGACGUGUGUGAUUAAAUGUAGGGAUGGGGAUGAGUCAUGAAAAGGGGUCUGUGAGUGUGGAAAAAAGGCAGCUGGGAAACAGGACCCACAGAGUGUACCGGAGCAAAGGCAUCAAGAAACCAGCCUCUGUGACAGUCCCUUCUCUCUAGUGAGUGACACUCCAACUUUCCAUUUCUGACCAAAAUACAGAUUACUGUAGAGAUGGCAGAGGAGGUAAGGAUCCUGAUACUAGCCUUCCUCUGCUUCUGUGUGACCAGGGUGGGCAAGUCACUCUAUGUCAUCUUUGUCUCUGCUUCCUUUGCUGGAUUAUACUUUUAAUAAAAUGAAGACCAAA